AUGAGCCCUUUAAUGGUAUGGGGAGCACAGGGUGAAGCAGAAUUGGGCAGAAUACUGAAGAAAAGAAACGUUAAUCGAUCCAGUAUUAUUAUUACAACCAAAAUCUAUUGGAGUACUAAGUGUGAAGAAAGAGGUCAAUCUCGAAAACAUAUAAUAGAAAGCGUGAACGAGUCAUUGGGGAGGCUCCAGCUAGAGUACAUAGACUUAGUUCUUGUACAUAAAGUGGAUCCCGUAUGUCCGAUGGAAGAAUUGGUCCGAACAAUGGACUACCUCAUAAACCAAGGAUAUGCGAUGUAUUGGGGCACAGCGCGCUGGACUCCAACCGAGCAUAUCGUAGCACUCUCGAUGGAUUGCACUCCAGAGAUGCGCCGCGGGGAUCAUGUGACGUCGACUGUGACAGCGAGUGAAGUGGCGCUGAAUUUACUGUGUCGUGCAUUGCUGAGCAUGGUUGACGCCCUGUCCUUCGAUCGUCCGAGGAACAGUUUUGAUCGAGAGACACAACGCUAG